GUGCACAAACUCUAUUGUGACGCACUUUACAACUGAUUGCUCUUGCCAAAUCUUCCCAGACUUGCUGCGAUCAGCAUAUUCGGCAGAACAAUGGAGCGAGAGCCUGGCCGCCUUCCCUGUCCAGCGCAAUCCCAGCAUCGACUCCUCACUUAACAUUUCAGCACUGUAUCUGAUCCUCCCGUCUAAUGACUGGGAGGGGGCUGGGGGAUCUGACUUGAAUGUUUCUGUUUUCUUUUUCUUUUUUUAGAAAAGAAAGCGAACCAGCCCCGCUCUUUUCCUCUCUCCCCCUUUUGAAAACACAGCCAGACUUUGGAAAACUGUUCGGUUGACUAGCAAGUCCUGUCUUAAAACUUUUGUUGUUGUUGUUGUUGUUGUUGUUUUCUUUUCCUUGCAGAGGUCUCUCCCCCCCUAAGGGACCCUUCCUAGACAACACAUGUUAACCCCUUCAGUGGUGUCUCAUGUUUACUUCAUUUUUAAAAUGUUUACUAUGCCAAGUUUCAAGUUUAGUGUGCACUUGAAAUUCUCGGGAAAUGGAAAAUGCGCUGCGAUUUUUACAUUGCUCACAUUCUAGUAGUGAUUUUGUGAGUUCUGCAAGUUAAAGUAGUUUGGCUAAAUCUUAAGUGUAACUUGACAUUUCCCCCCUCUUUUUUCUCUUUUCUUUUUCCCCCCCUGUAGGACAAAGAAUAAAAAAGUCCAAAUGGCAAAACAAUCUUCUGAUUUAAAUUCUGAGUGCGAUAGAGAAGGUGGACAAUUGCAGCCUACUGAAAGGCCAGCUCAUCCUCAGCAUCUUCGGCCUGGGGCCCCUACCUCCUUACAAACUGAGUACCAAGGUAAUCAUUCAGGCGAGCGGGACAGUUCGUCACCUGGUAGCCCUCAGGGACCAUUGGCACCACCAUCCAGCCCCAGUCCGUUUGCUACCAGAUCCCCAUUUUUCAUGUUUGUAAGAAGAUCCCCACUGCUCUCCAGAUCCUCCAGUGGGUAUUUUUCUUUUGACACCGACAGGAGUCCUGUACCUAUGAGUUGUGACAAGGCUACACAGACUCCAAGUCCCCCGUGUCAAGCCAUCAUCCAUUAUCUAAGCACAAUGGGUAAGCAAGAUCAUGCUUCUAGGUGGCAGUCACGGGCUAUCCCUGAAGAUAUGCGGCCAGAAAUAUGGAUUGCACAGGAAUUACGGCGCAUCGGAGAUGAAUUCAAUGCUUCCCACUAUCCAAGAAGGGGUUUCUUGGAUUACCAAGCAGUAAACCAUCAGAUCAUAAUUUUGCGCCUGUUACAUUACAUUGUCCGCUUCAUCUGGAGAAUGCAGUGACUAAUGCUUCAAGAGGCAGUUGGGAUUCUUUACUUAUUUUCAGGAGCAACAACCUUGAACAGUGUCUCUGGAUGCGUUUAACAGACCCUUCUUGAUUUUAAAGGGCUUUCAGGAAAGAGUGAAAGAACUCUGAAAGGCAUUUGCGCCUUUAAUUUUGAAAAGAAAGAAAAGCAGUUUUUUUAAAAAAAUAUGGAAGUUCCUUAUAAACAAAGCUUGAUGGAUUUUUGGAAAUGGACUAUUUUGUGGAAACCGGAUUUCAUGUGAGAGGAGAGCUGACAUUAUUCUGUUGUUGGAACUUUUUACAAACAACGCUACAGAAGGCUUUCAAAAAAAAAUAAUCUCAUUUUAGACUGCUGUUAUAACCUACAAUGGAUUUGACUGAGCCAGCUACUUUGUAAAGCUGCCACAAUUUUAUAUUGAGGAUUUACUGUACAGCUUUUAAAAGAAAAUUCUUCCAAGUAGUGAAAGGCAAGACUCUGGUGGUAGACCCUCCAUUCCUUCCAGAUUACUUACCUCCACAAGGCAGCAUGGUUGCUAAGGAAGCGAGUAGAGGCAAGAUGGAAAGGUUUGAACUGACUAUGCUUGUGUUAACUCAAAAAAGAAAUUCCACUUCUGCCCCUGCAUGUCUUACACACAGAAGAAGUUCGCAAAAAAACGUACAGGUGUCUCCUGUGUAAGCACCGGUUUGGAUCUCCCAUUAUAUAAAGCUUCUGCUUCUUGCAGCCUAGAGGGGAGAUAUCUUGAAUUUGCUUUGAGAGUUGAAAUUAAACUGUGAAAGUCUUAAUGGUCCAAAUAAUGACACCAGGUUGCCUUUUACAAUUUUCUUUCUAUAUUAUUUGUAUAGACAAACAUGUAUAUUCUGUAACAUAUACUGAAGUGGGAAGAUGGGGGAGCAAUGUAGCAAUAAGUCAUUGCAUGUGGAUGAAAGCAGUUCCUACAUCUGUGCAAUAUUACCCUAUGUUGUUACAACAGGGUCCUACUGCAUAAUUCCAGGCGCUGUUUUGAUCCCCACUCUGCUAUUUUACUCUUCUUUAAAUCCAGUGUUGUCUUUGCAUUUUAAAGCAUUCUGGGUUAUAUUAUUGCUGCCUUUUUCUCUGAAAGUUUGUUGUAAAGAGAGAUGACCUAGCAACCAUAAUGUGGAAUGUAUAAGGACUACUGACUCGCUGAAUGGUUUUGAGGUCAACAGCAGCACAGUGUUCAAAUUGAUCAGAGUCAAAACACCAAAAGGCAAAGCCAGGAACAAAAUGUAUUUCAACUGAUAAAUCGUAAGAGGAACAUGUUUUUUCUACUUUAAGAGUACCAGUUUAACAUGAACAAAAUAGGUGAUUGGCUGAUUAUCCAGCAUGGGCUCUGAACAGAAUCCUGUUAGUGACAUGCACACAAGUCAGUGUUGUUUACAGUGGGCCCUUCAUAUACAUGGGGGCUCCACUACAGACCUCCCAAGGAUGCCAAAAACCAUGGGACCUCAAGUACCAUGGUUUUUAAUGGUGCUAUGCUGCGUGUGUGGCUGCACUGCUGCAGACACAUGCACACACCACCAUCCAGGAGAAUGGGGUAGGGCCAUCCACGGAUGCUCAAAUCUGCGGAUGGCAAACCUACAGUUGGGGUGGGCAGGCUGUACUUGUGUGAGGUAUAUCCCUUUUUGGAUGGGGUACAGGGAGCUAUUCUGUAGCCCUUUGUACUUCAUCUAAAACCUCCCUUCCAGCAAACCCCUCUCUCCUGUGAAGCCCCAGGAGAAGCCACUAGUAGUGCUUACUGGUGGGGAGAGAAGGGAAGGUGAAGGCAAUUUAGACAAUGAAGCAGCAGCUGACUCAGCUCCAAGGGGAAGUGAAAAGAAGUUGGACUUCAUCCAUGAGUGUGCCCUCAUUUCUGCCUCCCCCUUCAACUAAGGUGUUGUUUCAUCAUCUGCUGCUUUAUUGCCCCCACCCCCUAUAAACAGGAGCAGCAGUAGCCCCUUCUUGGGCAGAGGGGGAGACACAGAACUGUGCAGACAUAGCAUUGUGCUUUGCCUGCUUGCAGUAGUCUUUCAGCCAGUAUUCUGUAAUGUGCCUGAUGUAAUGUGUUAAACUAAAAUACAAGCAAAAUUCUGAAUCAAGGGUAAUUCACUGUAUGAUCUUAAUAAAUUAGGCAAAUUAAGCAGUUUAAAGCCAGCUAGAGGGAGAAGUAAGAAUGGGGAUUUUCAAACUGUGUGGAUAUGUCACAGGAAUAACUGAAUUUUUUUAAAAUGAGUCACCACUUUCAAAUGGGAAAAGGUCCUCAUGCCAUUGAUUUUCAUUUCCAUCUCCUUUCUAGGCCAAUAUAUAGAAUGAUGGAAAGAACAGAAUUUAGGAAAUUUAUUUGUUUAGAUUAUAGCUUCCAGAAUUUCUCAAACCAGCAUGGAGGUUGUUGGAUUCAAAGUCCACAAGUAAUUUUUCCAGCCCUCAGAAGGCCUCCAAGUGCAGGUAAAUCCCAGCACACAUAGGCUCAUAGGAAAUUAUAUACCAAAUCAGUCUCCUUCUUGCUUAGUAGAUUUUAUUGUUAUACAGUGGGCUCUUGGCAUCUGCUGGAAUUUGAUUCCAGCACACCCCGUGGAUACCAAAAUCUGUGGACACUGAAGUCCCAUUAAAUACAAUGGAAGAGUAAAAUGGUCCCCUUGUAUAAAUGGGAAAAUCAAGGUUUGCUUUUUGGAAUUUGUUUUGAAUAUUUUCAAGCUGUAGAUGGUUAAAUCCAUGGAUAAAGAAUCCAGGGAUACAGAGGGCCAACUGUAAGUGGUAGUGUCUGAAGGGCUUCAGACAGGGUUCUGGACAUGUAGAUGAUUAAAUCUAGGACUCUUUGCAAAGAAAACAUAGGGUCAAAACAGAGAGACUCGAAGGAACCAGAUUGGAGCUGCGGCAACCACAUGCCGUAACCCCAAUCUGGCCAGCUUCCACCCCAAAGAGGAGUAGAAAAAGCCUGCUCCUAUUUGGGGCAAAAAAAAGCUGCCUUUUCCGCUGCGGUGGCGGUGUUUCUGCGGCGCAGAGAGUGUAAAUGCCACACUGCUGAAACUCCAUGAAGCCACCAGAUGUAUGGUCAGCCAUACAGCUUCCCGGUGGCCUGGGGGUAUGCACUAUCUAAUUUUGCCACUGAGUUAUGAAUGGACAAAGGGGAAGACAGGAUGGUACUGAUACUCAACUGGGCUAAUUUGUAAUCGGAACAAGGACUACUUGUUGUUCUGGGAGCUUAGUGAGAAGAUAGGUGUGCAGAAAGAAGUGGAGAGAACCCUUUGCCAGACUUUUCAGAAGCACAAAUAAUGAUCAGAAUAUGAAAGAAUACAUUUUGGUCUACAAGUCCUAGAUUCCUCCAACAAGCAUAUGCCCAGUGGCUGGGGGAUUGUGUCAAUUGUAAUCCAAAAGAGUAGCUGUAACAAGCUGUGGCUACCUAGAGCCCUAUAAUUUUUGCCCAACUUUCCUUUACUUUCAGGGAUUGUAUAAACAUAAUGAAGAUACUUUCAGCUUUAUCUUAACCCAAAAGCUGGCACGUUGUUUGCUGAAAAGUUUUGCCGAAAAAAAUCCAACAUCUUAGUACAGUUGGCCCUUCUUAUACAUGGAUUUUUAUACAUGGUUUGAAAAUGUUUAAAAAAAUUAUAAAUUUCAAAUAUCAAAGCUUGAUUUUCCAUUUUUUAUAAGAGACACCAUUUUGCUAUGUCAUUAUAUGUAAUGGGACUUGAGCAUAUACGGAUUUUGUUAUACACGGGGGAUCUGGGAACCAAACCCCAGCGUAUAACAAGGGUCCACUGUAUAGUCAGUUUUGUACUACAUAUGGUAGGGAAUCAAUGGCAUGCAGUCAACCCCCCAAUCUUAAGUAAAAAUGAACCAAACAACUAAAAUUCCGUUAAAGGAGCUGUGGAAUAGAGAUGUACAUGCUGACUUUUAUUUAAAAUAAAGACAGCUUUGGUUUCUGUGAAAUUCCUCAUAUUACAUCCUAAUUUAUUCAUAAUAUGUUACAGCAAUCCCAGGCAUGGUCUACUCAGUGGUAAGUCCCGAGUUUAGUGGCUGUUAUUCCCAGAGAGGCAGGCAAAUUGCUUCAGUCUUUGACUUUCCAAAUGUCACGCAUGGAUUGUAGGAACAUCUAAUUUAAUUGGUGAUUCUCUUUGGAGGAAAACAGAAGUGAGAAUUCUAAGAGUAAAACCAUAAAAACAAACAGCUAACCUGUGCUGCACCACAUUAUGGUAAAGUGGUUCGUGUGUGGAUUUUAAUUGAGUUUUUUUGCUUUGCAACAGGAGGCGGCAGUCAGAUGAGCUUCCUGAAAGUGUUUAUUUGCUUCUCUGUGUGUAAAGUGCCCCUUAUUCUGAUCUGCCCAUGCAAUUUUAUCUGUCCACUGAUCAGUUAUAUAUCAUGGUGCAGAGACUUUGCAUAAAGCAGUGGUUCGUUUUAAUUUCAUAUGAAACAGUUUCCAAGUGCUAUGUCACCUAUUUCUGGUUUCACCCACACCACUGAAAAUGUUGUAACCUCUUUCAAAACACAGCUGUCUUUUUUAGUUAAGCUCUUAAGGAGUCAGUCAAAAUUAUACAAUUUGCAGAGUUUUGUCAUUCCCAAUACUGAAGUAUCUCUGUAUCAUACUAUAUAUGCUGGCUUCCAGGGCUUGCCAGGAGAACAUGGACCAUUUUCUACCCAGUGUGAAGAAAGCUACUGUACUCUAAGGAUUGGAAAUCCAGAGGAUAAGAAUAAACACGAGCAUGAAAAGUGCAUAUGUACCUUUGAGUUGCCCAUAGACAGUGGCUUGUGCCUAGCUGGUCAUUAAGUGGUUGGUGGGGUCAACACUGACAGCAUUGAGAAAAAGAGAGAAAUAUAGUUUUUCAGUGUCCUGGUUUUAUAAAUAGGAGGCACUAAGCACUGAUCAUCAUUAGAAAAAUUAUUUUUUCGAACACAGUUCCCAGAAUCGCCCAGCUGUCAUGACCAAUGGCCAUGUUGGUUGGGAAUUAUGGCCCCUUAAAUAACUUCUCCAAGCUUUGAGAGCUGCAGUUACCCAUCCACCUAAAUUCUGCAUGCAAAUACUUUGUCAGUCAUUGCACAGCAAUUUCUUCUUGUGCUUUCUGUUCCAGAGCCAGCAGGAAAGCAUAGGUGAAAGUCUGUUUCUUUAAACAUUUAGGUCAGGCAUCUGGAUGUUUAAAUGGUUGCAUUGAAGAAGAAUAUGACCUUGAUAGCUUUGGGGGAACAUAAUUUUCACCAUCAUUUUUAGCUUUGGCCAACAGGUUUUUUUCCUUUCAAAAUUUGUUUUGCUUCUUUAAUUUCAAGUGGAAGUUACCAGUAUUGCUAAAAGGAAUUUGGCUUGUAUAUUUGCUUCUUGUUCACAAAAGACUUGUUAAUUGAAAAAGGCAGGAAAGGGUAUUUUAGCAGCCAGCACGAUACUGCUCAAAUGGAUAUUGUGCAAUAGGGACUUCUCCUGGCAUUCAAAAGCCAGGGAAACAUAAAGUAGGGAUGUUAAUAUUCUACUAUUUUUGUCCUCACAAGUGAGGAUGAAUAAUUUCUAUAGUUUUCUCUGCUGUGGAGAAAAUAAAUAUUUGUCUGGCUAGUGUUUUGGAAAAAUAUUCUGAGCAGAAAUGUUUUUUUGGUAAGAUAAUGUGAUUCACCUUUCCAUGUUCCUAAAUUAUAUGAUGACAUAAAGGAAUUUAUUACACAGGGUCAAGGACAGAAUGCUCCUGUCCUUAACCCAUCCUUAUGGCGCGACCGUGCUAAGAUUUACAGAUGACAUCUAUCAUUGUCCUGUCUUGAAGUUGUCCUUAUCGAGUGAUUGCAGUAAGAUUUUCAGACGACGUUGUGCUUAUGCUGUCCACCUCCCAUCACUGAAGUGGCAUGUCCCGUCACUUUGUGUUAACGGAAACUCCUGUUAAUACAAUGAUGGAUGCCACUGACAGGAGAAGGAUGGGAUAAGCACAGAUGCGAUAAGGACAGGAGUAGUCCCUCCUUACCCUGUGUGAUAAUUUCCGAAGACUUAACAGGAAGCCAGCCAGUGUGAUUUGUGCAAAACAUGAAAAAAUUUCUGGGUGGCGAUUUACCCAGAAAUGAAUGCAUAUGAAUGCAGACACCCUUGGACUUCAGUUCUGCCAUGCCUUCAGUUCAAAUGAUGGUUGUCAAGUCUGUCUGAGGCCAUACUGGCUUAUGUUGGUUGCCUCUCACUUGACCCAACAUGAUGCUUUCAAAUACCCUAUUUGUGACCUGAUCUUUCUCAACUCACCAAAGUGCAGUUUCUAUUUAGAGUGUAACCUUUUGCCAAUGCUUCUGUAUUUAGAUAACUUUGGUUUUAACUUCUUUUUGUUCCAUCAACAAGCAGGACCCAAGGGCUUCCUGCAUACACCUAAAGUUGGAGAACUACCAUGUUCUUCUGUGCAGAUGCUUCUUAGGAUACCAUGCCUUUACAGCUGGCUUCUUAUAUGUGGAGUGGAUGGGCUAGGAGUGGAAUGAGAAGCUGUCCAGGAAAUGUAUAAAGAUUGCCAAGUCCCAGUGGAUAAAUAUUGUGUAGCCUUUUCAAUCCCACCCAACAUUUUCUCUCCUCUUCCCCCCAUAAGGCUUGGCUGGUCCAGUGCCUUGAGAUGUGUACACAUUCAUAUGUGUUAACUGUUAGCAUGGGAGAGCAGUUAGCUUGCUGCCAUGGCUUCAGGCAAACUUAUUGUAAGCCUAAGAAAUAUUUUUAAAAUUCUGUGAAUUAUAACAUAUAAACAGUGAAGGACAAGAUAUUGGCACUGUGUGGCCCAAAUCCAAGCUCUCUUGUUUUUCAAUAAAUUGACACUGUAUUCUAUAAUAAAUAUCUAUAUCUAUCUUAAAAAGCUAAUUUUUUAAAAGGCCCAUUUGGUUCCCCCCCCCCCAACAGAUUGGUGCAGGUUUGUGCCUUGGAUAACCCCACUGUGUCCUUGGUAGACUUGUGGGUUUUAAUAACCUUUAAAAACCUUUAUAUCGAGUAAUGUAUCUAAUCUUCUUGUCUACUAGGGGAUUCUUUUUAACUUUUCUAGAAAUACAUGUUGUAAAAAAAUAAUCCUGCCAAAACAUUUUAUGAAGAAUUUUCUUUGGUUGUGGAGAAACCAGAUUCAAAUUUUUAUGUGUGGAAUAUUUUACUUUUUUCUUUCAAUGUUCUAUGCUUCUUUUCUUUCAAUGAUUGUAAAUAUUUGAAUAUUUAUUAGAUUAGAGCAGUUGUUUUUCUCAUCUGAGCCAAAUGUUACCUGUGUGCAAUGUUCCCUCUUUUCUAACUACAUCAUGUAAGAUUUUUUGUAUAGUAGAAGUAAAUUUCUCUAAACUUUUUUUGUAGAAUUUAUCUUGUUAAAUACUGUAGAUUUCUUUUCUUUGUAAUUAAUGCACUCUACUGUUCCAUAAUGCUGUAACUUGUAGAAAUGGUGUAUAUUUAUUUUCUGCUUAUUUAAGUUCUUGUAAAUUCUUUUUUUCCCUUUGAGUUUUACUUAGUAUAUAUGGAAAUAGUGAUUGAUCAGUUUAGAGCACUGUCUACUAGUUUGAGAUAGUUGAUGCUGUUUUAGAUUAUUGUUUAAACCCUUUAGUUUCCUCACAUCUCUCUUGCCACCUUCCCCAUCUUGUUAAGAUGUUCAAAUCUGAAGAUAGGGAUCAGGUUCAAAUCUCUCAUUGGGGAAAGAACUGCACAUGCUCAAGGACCACAUUCACCAUCUCCUUUGCAACUUUUAAUAUGAAUCUCUUCCAAAUAAUGCUGUGGGAACCAAAGGUGGCUGAGAAUGCAAAUUUCACUUCAGCAACAUACAGUGCUCUGAACUAGUCAGUCUUUAAAAAUGAUAAAAUGUACCCUGAAAAUUCACUUGCAUACAGCAUCAGUCCAAGGAGAACAUCGUCGCUUUAGAUUUAUGUCGAGAAUUCAUUUGGUGCUGGUUCACAAUCUUUUUGGUGCUUCCUGUUUCUUCCUUCAAUUGUGCUUAUAGUAAGGGCUGUUUAAGACCUCAUCCCUUGACCUCAGUUUAUCUAGCACAGGAUAUGGCUGUUACCUCAUGAACAAGAAGUACCUGCAGGUUAUUCAAGAACUACUAAAUUUUUUAGGGGAGGAGUGAAAUUUUGCACCCUGGUUUAAAGACCACUUGUUACUGUAUGGCAGCACCUUGUCAUCAGGUACAAACAUCAAUGUAGCACUGAUCUUGUACUGAUUAAUCACUAACGUAUUUCAUAGAACCCAGCAUAUGUAGCAUUUUUAUUGCAGUUUCCCUGGCUUACUUGUGUUUUGCACUGAUGAAAAUUUGACAGGGUAAUUGCCACUUUACUUGUGCAAUACUGCUGUAAAUAACUGCAGAUCUUUUUUUAAGAUGCAAUCUUUUAUGUUAAUAAUGAAUUUUAUAUGAAUAAAACUUUCAACUAUUCA